GUGAAAUGAGCGCUGCAGUGGAGCGACCCCCGCUACUGGCGAGCCCCGUAGCCGUGAUGGGACCCACUCCCCUCGGGCUUCAACCCUUCGACCACCAGGUGGCAGGCCAGUCUCUCAUCCUGCGCUACAACGACACCACGCUGUGCAAGUGUCUGAUCCCACGAGAGCACGCCUUCUACCAGAGGAUGCCAGAGUCCCUGCAGCCCUUUGUCCCGCAGUACAGAGGUGUGAACCAGCUUAUCCUACCAGACCCUGACACCUUCAAAGACACUGAAAAAGAAAACCUGUCUCAUUCCCCUCAUCAUGAACGGCCCUCCCCUUACAAGACAACACCCAGUCAGGCUCCGCCCAGUUCACAGCGAGUCCCGCCUUCCUUUUCUCCUGCCCAGUUGCGGGGCAUGCGAGGACUUCGGAAAAGCAGUAGGACAGGCCUGGGGGAUGGUGGCAGUUUGUACUAUUUUUUACUGCUGGAGGACCUGAUCUCUGGCUAUGACCGGCCGUGUAUCCUGGAUCUGAAGGCGGGGACACGACAACACGGUGAUGACGCACCGCCGGAGAAAAUUGCCUACCAGGUCAACAAGUGCACCCAGACUACCUCGGCAACACUGGGACUUAGGCUGUGUGGGAUGAAGCGCUAUGUGGAGACAAGUAACAAUUAUGACAACAAGGACAAAGUGUUUGGCAGAAAUCUAUCAGACGAGGAAAUGAAACUGGAAAUAAUCCAGUUCCUGUUCAAUGGGAAGGAAUUCCGACACGAUGUUGUGAAACCCCUACUUGAUCUUCUGGAGAGGCUGAGGAAUGUUGUCAGAAAUUUAGAGGGCUACCGCUUCUAUUCCUGUUCGUUGUUGAUUGUGUAUGAAGGAAAUUGUGACAAAUCAUCGGGAAGUUUGUGUCAAUCUCACUUGAUGAGUGGUCAAAAUGGGAGGUGGAGUGGGCAGAAUGGGAGACAUGAAGAUUAUUCACUAAAUCAGAUACACUCUUCAACUAAUACAAGACUCCAUCCCAGUGAAGAAGUCCCAGUUUCUAUUAUUCCAGAAGGAAAACUUGUUGAAAACAUUUCUUGUGAUGGAUUUGACUCGGGAAGUCUCACUACCUCAUCUCAAACUUCUGUAAACGGUCAGAACAACUCACAGGGAAAAUAUGAAAAGGAUUCAAAUGAUGAUACAAUAGACUCGGGGAGUGUCCCUAGUCCUGGUAUUAGCCAAACUUCUCCUGAAAGCUGUCUACAAACCUAUUCCUGCCUUACACCAGACAAUCACGUUUCUGCAUCGUCCGAUUCCAUCGCAGAUCAGAAGCCUCAUUCUCCUCAUUGUCUCGAGGGAUAUGGUGAUUCCAGUUCACAGGUAUCCAGGCUUGUGGAUGUGAGAAUUGUAGACUUUGCUCACGCCACGUUCCCUGGGUUCUGUGGAGACACGGUCACCCAUGAAGGCCCAGAUCAUGGCUUUCUCCGCGGCAUCGACACUUUGUUGGAGGUGUUGACAAAUUUAUUGGAGGCCAAAAGUUGAUCUGUUAUUCCGUUGACUGCAGAGGGUGCUGGAAUUGCAUUUUUUGCCAUAAAUAUGAUGUAUUUUGGGAUAGAUAGACUUAUAUGAAUUGAGAGAGAGAGAGAGAGAGAGAGAGAGAGAGAGAGAGAGAGAGAGAGA